UUCGCGAUUACUAUUCAGCUACUGCUGUGCGCGCGUAUAGAACAAAAAACAAAAAAAAAAAAAUAAAAAAUUACGAGUUAUUUUCGAACAUAGCCGUCGCGCGUCGCACACGCCUAUUGGCUAUUAUUGUGACGCUGAUGCAGCGGCGUCUGUUGCCUAUCUGGCUCUCUCGGACCAAAGAGCUGCAGUAACGUUUCGGUUUCAGUGGCGCGCGUACUACUACGACCACGGUUCGAAUUUCGCGUGGACCGUGCGUUAAAUAUAGUUUUAAAAUUAUAGGUAGUCGUAGGAAAACCGCGAAGUGCCAGAAAUCUAUGGAUUGUUACACAAACUAACGAUAGCUACGAUCAUAAAUCGGAGAAUUUCGUGGUUCGUCCAUAAAAUACCUAUGCACUACAUAUAUUUUAAAAUAUAUUAAUAAUAUUUAGGUCCACGCCGCCGUCGUCGCUUAUAAGUCCGACUGCGAUAAGCUAUCGGUAGUAUAAGGUACCUUAUAAUCUACUUACUUACAGACAGAUCGGCGGUGAUAGCGCAAUGCUAGUGUCCAGAGCCGUGGCAUGUCUGCGCACGUUUUUCGCGGUUGCUGCUUUAAUCGUCGGCCGUUGCGCUGGCAGGCCAGCGUCUGUCGGAGCCGGAGUUACGAACAACGGCGACAGCGGUGAAAACCAGAAAGAUUUGCUACCGUUCCAACACACCAUCAUUGAAGUAUCACCAGGCGAGACGGCCGUGCUCCAGUGUCCCAGCAAUGACGAACACCACAGGUUCCAGUUCUGGUGGAUGAAACCCGAUCAGAUCAUUGGGCCUGGGACCGCGCCCAACAGCGACAAGUUCAAAUAUGAAGUCCUCACCGGCACGCUUUACAUCAAGCAAGUAACACCUCAAGAAAGCGGAAUCUACACGUGCGUCUGUAAACAUCUAGGAAACAUAUCGCUAUCGGCGAGGUCAGUACAGCUGGAAAUAAAAAAGGACUGGAAGGACCUCUGGGAAAACGAUUACACGGUCAACAGCAUACGUGUGGCAGCUGUCUUGAGCGUAUUAGUAUUGCUAUUGCUAUUAUUGUACCUGUUUUACCUAACAGCAUACAAAAAUAGUAACAGAACGUUACACUUCAGAGACUAUUCGGACGAAGACGUAUCGAUGGACAGACAGAUGUACAGAAAAACCAACAUAAUGAAAGAAAACAUGUUUCAACACGGCAUAGAUAACCCGACGCUGGAAAAAGAAGCGGCCCAAAUAAAAAAUAACGGAGAGACGAAGGCGUAAUAGCGGAUGCAAUAACACAGUUCGUCGGUAUGAAAAAUGCAGUUCCUUGUCGGAGAACGACUGUUUCGAUUAAUUUUUCUUCAUUUUGCUCCGUUUUUAUAUAGUGAAUGUAAAUAUAUAAAAAAAAAAAAUACGAAUAAUGUAACUGUAUAAAAAAAAUAUAUGAACAAAAAAUAAUACAAAAAUAUUA